AUGGCUGUUGACUCCACCCCGCUUGGCCCUCCUGCAUGUGAGAAUGAUGCCAAGGCUCUUCAGUUUAUUGAAGACAUGACCAGAAACUGUGAUUCCGUGCAGGAGAAGGUUUUGGCUGAAAUCCUUAGCCGGAAUGCCCAAACUGAAUACCUCAGGGAAUUCAAACUUGGAGGGGCAACCGACAGGGACUCCUUCAAGUCCAAAAUUCCUGUUGUGACUUACGAGGAUCUUCAUCCCUAUAUCCAACGUAUUGCUAAUGGUGAUCGCUCUCCAAUUCUCUCGUCUCACCCCAUCUCUGAAUUCCUCACUAGUUCUGGCACAUCUGCUGGAGAAAGGAAGCUGAUGCCAACAAUUCAUGAAGAAUGGGACCGCAGACAAAAAUUGUACAGUCUUCUCAUGCCCGUCAUGAACCUCCAUGUCCCGGAUUUGGACAAGGGGAAGGGUUUGUACUUCCUUUUCAUCAAGGCAGAAGCCAAGACACCAAGUGGGCUUGUUGCUCGUCCGGUGCUCACUGGCUACUACAAGAGUGACAAAUUCAAGAACAGACCCUAUGACCCUUACUUGGUUUACACCAGCCCUGAUGAGGCCAUUCUUUGCGCUGAUUCCUUCCAGAGCAUGUACACUCAAAUGCUCUGUGGCCUCCUCAUGCGGGAAGAAGUCCUCCGAAUGGGCGCCGUCUUUGCCUCCGGCCUUCUCCGUGCCAUUCGCUUCCUUCAACUCAACUGGAAACAACUUUCUGAGGACAUCAAAACCGGGGUGCUAAACCCUAAAGUCACCGACCCAUCUGUAAGAAAACGCAUGGCGGAGAUCCUCAAGCCAAACUCUGAUCUUGCUGACUUCAUCGUCAAGGAAUGUGAAGGCGAAAACUGGGAUCGGAUCAUUACCAGAAUCUGGCCUAACACCAAGUACCUUGACGUGAUUGUUACAGGUGCAAUGGCUCAGUAUAUUCCCACUCUUGAUUAUUACAGCGGUGGGCUACCACUUGCAUGCACCAUGUACGCAUCUUCCGAAUGCUACUUCGGCCUAAAUUUGAAGCCCAUGUGUAAGCCUUCUGAAGUCUCUUACACCAUCAUGGCCAACAUGGGCUACUUCGAGUUCCUCCCCCACGACCCGGCCAAUCCGGUUCAACUCUCUCGCGACUCUCCACCCAAGCUCGUCGAUCUAGCUGACUUGAAAGUCGGCAAGGAGUACGAACUGGUGAUCACCACCUAUGCCGGGCUCUGCCGUUACCGGGUGGGUGACAUCCUUCGAGUCACUGGCUUCCACAACUCAGCGCCACAGUUCAAGUUCAUCAGGAGGAAGAAUGUUCUGCUAAGCAUCGAUGCGGACAAGACCGACGAGGCCGAGUUGCAAAAGGGGAUUGAAAAUGCUUCUGAACUCUUGCGCGAGUUUGAUACGCGUGUGGUUGAAUACACUAGCUAUGCGGAUACUAAGAUCAUCCCGGGGCACUAUGUUAUCUACUGGGAGUUGCUGGUGAAGGAUCCGGCCAACCCACCGACUCAUGAGGUGUUGAACCAGUGCUGCCUGGCAAUAGAAGAGGCUCUGAAUUCAGUGUAUCGACAGGGGCGAGUGGCUGACAACUCAAUUGGACCACUAGAAAUAAGGGUAGUGAAAAACGGUACGUUUGAAGAAUUGAUGGACUAUGCAAUUUCGAGGGGUGCUUCGAUCAACCAAUACAAGGUCCCAAGGUGCGUCAGUUUUGCACCCAUCAUGGAACUUCUUGAUUCCAGGGUGGUCUCGGUUCACUAUAGCCCAGCUGCACCACAUUGGGCCCCUGAACGACGACGUUGACGGCUUUGGAAUGGAGGAGAUACGUAAAGGAAAAAAAGGGUUAGUAGUAUGUGGUUAGUCACCAAUAAACCGUGCAUGCCCCUUGGCACAUGGACAAAAAAGAAAACACUCUUUCUUGCUGUGCCCUCUCUUUUCAGUGUCGUUGCUGCUUGUGAUCUUAGUCUUAGCUUUUGAUUGGGCCCAGAAGAAAAGAAGAAGAAGAAGAAGAAGGGUUAAAAGCGGGCUUGGCUUCUUUAAUAAUUAUCUUUUGACAUCUGCGUUGUCUUUGGACUUGGGUCUGUUUGAUAGAUAGGUUCAUAUAAUCUGCCGUGUUGUCCCAUGAUGUUAUGUAAUUACUAAUUCGUAUUGAUAUGAAUAUAUUGACUGAAUGUA